AUGGCAACCACUCCUUACUCUCUAUCGAAGAAUUCCCCUGCCUCCCAGCAUAAAGUCUAUCGUUCAUUGGAAAUUGACCUUUCACAACCUUCAUUUCUCAGUAAUACUAUAUCCAUCAUUGACCAUCCGUUCUGCGACUCCCGAAACAGCGAGAAUCAGCCGUCUGUUUCUUCCCCCGAGGACAGCCAAUCUUUGAACACAAAGCAAGCAAAGACUCAUGUCGCCAAAAAAUCAGAGAAAAAGCAAGGCCAUGUGCCUUUUCCAUUCUUUUCAAGCCCUAACCAAGCAGCCACGCCCAAGUGCCGGAAUCGAUCAAUCGCAACACCACGGCUCUUCCCCAGCUCUCGCAGAAACCCAACUUUAAUGAGAGACCGAUUCAUACCACCACGGUCAUAUUCUGGUAGCACUAUUGCAAAGUAUCAUAUGCGAAAGCUGCCCAUGGAGCUUACUGCAGACGAAAAGCUACUCCGUCAACGGGAAAGAAAUGAGGAUCCUUUCGGCCGCCGGCGUAAUCGCAAGGCUAUACCUGCUAUCACACAAGACACCAUACAGGCACCACACAUAUCGCCACAUAUUGUGGACAGCCACGCGAUUCUAAGUCAUUAUCCUUUCUCCGGACCAAGAAUCACUCCCCGACAGGUGAGUGUCGGAGCAGUGUGGAAUGUCGGAGGAGCUUCUACGGCAACACGAGGUCCAUGGCUAGGCAUAACCGAUGGUCAGAAAGGAUAUUCAGGGAGCAAGUCCACAGCUCCAAUGUACUUUGCACGUUAUGAGUUUAGCCAGGACAUAUCCGAGUCGGAGGAAUUAGAGAUGAACCAGGCAAGGCUGGCAGCUGCUUUCGAUAUGGACUUGAACCACCGACAGCUCGUUAUUUGCAAGCCAGCCGCACAGACGGGAACCCUCCUUUUCCAGUCUGAUCCACAAUUUGAUAAAUUUCGUCCUCUGAGAUGGAAGGAUUGCGCGUGGAAGAGGGCUGAAUUUAUACCUGACACUCGUGCUAGACGAAAACAGUCUACAAAGGCUGCUGCCGUUCCAUUUUCCGCGGUGUAUGCUCCUUAUAUAAAGGAUGACUUUUAUAGUUCUGUAAUUGCUUACUGUUGCACGUCUGGACUUUUAGCAUAUGCCAUGAUGAACUUUGUUUGUCUGUGGUCAAGUAUAACCUGCAAGACUGUGGCGGUAUUCCCACUAGGGCAUCCCAUCGGAGAUCAAGUCACAGCGCUUGAUUUCUCAUCUGCAGAUGGCAAAAAUAGCAUCUUAGCCGUGGCAACUUCUCACGGGUACUUACAUCUAUGGGAAACUCUCAAGUCCCGGCCACUGCAUAGCUCCCGGCGUCGUCAUCCGCUAACGUGUGUUGCGUUCAAAGCUACAACAACCAGACAAAAGUCCACGAUAUCCUCCACCAUCGAUGUUUCUCUAGAGCAUUUGGCCGUCGGUGACACGAGGGAUCCAAUUCCUCGAGCUCGCUCAAGCUCAAUUUUCGGGUCAUGGCUCGCUCAAUUAUUCAGACGCCGCUCUCAUUUUGACUCGACAUAUUCGCUUUCUAUAUCUCGGCUAUCAAGCGAUUCUCUAUCUGAUACCUCGUCAAUGUCGGGAGAAAGCGGGAAUGACCAAGCUCCUAGGACAUAUCCGCGUGUUCGUAAUCGAGGACUUGACUUGUCGAACAGCUCUCGACCCGCGAACAUUUCAGGGUCUCGGCCUCUCCGACGUGUUGUCUCCGCCAACUACUCCCCACGUCUAGGAUAUCCUGAAUCUGCCAUAUACCUUCCCCGCGGUAGUCACGUACACCGGUUCGAGCAUGGCUCGGCAGUCAAAGCAGUCGCGUUCGCACCCUGGCAGCCAACAUUGUUGGCCACUGGAGGUGGUUUGGGGGAUCGCACCGUUCAUUUCUACCAUGCCCCGUCUGGAAGCUGCUUGGCCAAGAUUUAUAUGUGGGCCCAGAUCACAGGUCUUAUAUGGAGUAGGACUCGGCGUGAAAUUGCUGUUGUCCUAGGAUUUCCGGAGUUCGAGUAUCAGCAUCCCUUUCGUGUUGUGGUGUUUGCUUGGCCUAGCUGCGAGCAGGUUACAGCCAUCCCUUGGAAUGUAGGCCUGGAUGGACAAACGUACCCCGAUGUGUAUGUGGUAGGGAGAGCUCUAUCGGCAAUUAGCAUUCCUAACUUCAGAAAUCCAUUCUUUGAGGACGAGGGGGAGUGUGAUUUUAAUCCUGACGAUGAGUGCAUCGCGAUCGCUUCCAGCGACUUUAUUAGGUUCUAUCGCAUCUGGGGCAACCCGCACAAACAGUUCACGGGCUCGAUUGGCGUGAUGAAGAGUGCAAUUCUGGAGUCCAUUGACGGCAUCGAGAAUCCAGGAAAUGAAGUCAUCCGAUGA